AACCUUUAUGACAAGUCAGCACUCUGUCAUGUGUGACCUUUAAUGACCUUUUUUUGCCAUGCAGGGGACACGCUGUUUAUGUCCGGUUGUGGUAAAUUCUUCGAGGGUACGGCUGAGCAGAUGUACAAAGCCUUGAUAGAAAUUCUGGGUCGCCUGCCUCCUGAAACGCGUGUUUACUGCGGUCACGAGUACACUGUCAGCAAUCUGAAAUUUGCACGUCAUGUGGAACCAGACAAUGAGGUCAUUCAGAAGAAGCUGGCAUGGGCAAAGGAGAAAUGCAGCAAUGGAGAACCCACCAUCCCGUCCACUUUGGCAGAUGAAUUCACAUUUAACCCCUUUAUGAGAGUAAAGGAGAAGUCCGUGCAGGACCACGUAAAGCAGACAAACCCGAUUGAAACUAUGAGAAGUCUUCGGAAAGAAAAAGAUAGCUUCCGGGUGCCCAAGGAGUGAUGGCCUGAUCACUCAGGCUGACUGUCUCUUAACAACAACAACAACAACAACAACAACAACAACAACAGCAACAACAACAUAGUGUACUACAGAAAAUGUCUGCAAUUUAACUUUAAAGCAAGGAGCUCUACUUCAUUCACUCUCAGUCAACACACACUUUUUAAUUACCAUAUUCAGCCCUAAUAUGGCUAUAAACUUGUUUUAGGUGUAUCUGCUUUGUUUGGAUGAUUCGGGUGUGAUAAGUUUAAGGAAUAUAUGGCCAUAAAUUGAAUGCUUUAUAUGAGAAAUAUGUUUUUUCAUCUGUAAAUCUGAGUUUUAGAGUCUAUUUAGUGUUACGUUGUAAAAUAUCAGUGUACAAAUAUGAACUUCAGCAGGACAGGGAGCCGCCUGAGGGACAAAUGUUAGUGUAAAAUUUCUGUAAAUUGAUAAAAUAAUUUCUUUGUCCGAAAAGAUUUAUAUCUGUUUCCCCGUGGCAUUUCUUUUCAUUUUGCUUAGGAGCUAGUGUUUGUUUGGUUAUUAUGUAAAAUUCAGCGCAUGCUUUUAAUUUCUUCCAUUAUUCAAAAGCGUUCUGUGAGUAAAGCAUCGUCUACUCAUUGAUGUGUCAGCAUUAAAUGGUACAUACACUGAAUGCACAUUGCAUGUUAACUAAAAUCUCAGAAUAUUGUAUGUUGCUUUUUGGAAAAAGGCAAUAAAACACAGUUCAUUUGA